UUUGGAAAAUUUGAUUUCAAAAGUUCUGAAAGUUACUUUUUUCAGUCACUGUAGGAAGCAGCAACCGAACUGAACUGCAGAGAUAUAGAAGGGUAUCAGAAAGAAGGAUAUUGAAUUGGUAACCCCAAUCUGAUGGAAGCUUCGGAUUUGGACGAAGGGAUGAAGGUGUUGGAUGCGUGUUUAACCAAUAUCAGUUGGCGCCUCAAACCUUCUUCCAAGCGUCGCUUACAAUUGGAUAUGCUUGCUCUGAUUACAAGAAUGCGACCGGUUGUAAUGGUGGACUACGGCGGAAUCAUGCCUCAACUCCAACACCACCUCUCUUCCCUCCUUCAACACGCACAAAAGGAAUCCCUAAUUUUCGAGCAUAUACGAUUGAUGGUUAUUCAAGAUAUGAUAUACUUAAUACACCUCAUCGAACUAACGCACUUUCUCAAUUCAACCUUCAACUCUCACCAGCCGUUGCUCUUUGUCGACCUUCAAUCCGAAAACCCUAAGAUGGUAACGAAAAUUGAGGAAAGCCAGUUAGCAAUGCAGCUUGUAUCGAUUCAGAGGUUGUUUUUGACGAUAUUCUCUCCUGAGAGAACCACUGACCCCUCUCCGUCGCAAGAUGUCAAAUGUACAGACGAAACCCACACAACUUGUCAGAGUCAGAGCUUACAUUCUCGUUCUACUAAUGACUGUAUUGAUCUUAGUGACUGCAUGGACAACACUGACAUCACUGUGCCGACGUUGAAUGGAUGGCUUCUAGGAUAUCCAGUGGUCUAUCUGUUUGGCAAGGAGCAUAUUGCAGACGCCAUUUAUAAUCUUUCGACCAAGUAUCUUCAUAUUUUUCAAGUGUUUGUCUGCAGGAAUAGUACCCUCAAGAAAGGGACCCAAGCCGAAGAGCUGUUAAGUUUUUCAGUGCCUUAUGAUCUAAGCAUGAGAGGGAGUAAUGAACAAUGGGCAGAGGCUUUUCUGGCUCACAUGCAAGCUAAGUGGGAAAGAUGUGCAAGUGCUUGGAAGUCGUUAAAGAUGGAGGAUAUUCAAAUUAUAAUCUUUCCAAAAGUGGGCUGAAAAUUGCAGAGCUGCCCUGAAUGACGACGUAACAAGUGAGAAUAAAGCAAGCACAGAGAGUAUGAUUUAUUUUGAUAAAAAAGGAAGGAAAGGAUGAUGAGAAGCAGAAAAACACGUGGUGGCCCCGGCCCCGGCCCAGCCUGAAAGAUACUUGUUUACAAGCCUAUCUUACUUGCAAAGCAUUCAGAAUGACCAUGACACAUCACCGCAAACGCAACAAACAUCUACGGAUCUACCAUACUCUGACAGCAUUAAAGCAUCCAAGAUUCAUCACAAGAGUAAAAGACAGAAAAGGCCUAGGUAAUUGAAGUGAAGUUAUU